AUGGACUCAGCCUUGGUCACAGUGCAAUUGAUAACAGUGGAUUUCAAUGAAGAGUCAAUAUUCAUCAAGAGUGAGCCACCCGAUGACAUGGACUUGGACGACGGGCCACAGGGAAGUCCGGUGAACAUCAAGGUGGAGCCCGACCUGUACUCCGAUGAAGAACCAACUGAAAACAUAUCCAACGAUGAAGCAUCGAAACCAACUCAACCAUCGAAACAAAAGGUCACAAAGGUCUACACUAACACUAGGAAGGGAGUACAAAGUUCACCUGCUAAAUCUCAGCCACAAAGUUCCUCUGUGGCACAAAGUUUGUCUGUGGCUCAGUCUAGUGCCGUUACAAAUGUUGUACAAAGUGUAUCCGGGGUACAAAGUUUGUCAGGGGUGCAGCCAAACCUGAUACAAAGCUCGCCUCUUGCACAAACUAACACAGUCUCAGCUUUGCCUCAGAACAACGCGUUGAAUCUACUGCAGAACAAUCUGAUGAUGCAGUCGAAUAAUAUGAUCUAUGUUCUUCCCAGCAAUGUCCCCGGUCAACCCUAUCAGUUCAUAAUGGCCAAUCCCCAGACUAUAGGUCAACUGGGAAGUCAGGCUGUAGGAGUCAUACCGUUGCCAAAUAGUGCGCUGAAUCAGUUUCAACAGAUGCAGAGUGGUACAAUCCAGCAAACACAACAGGUGCCCGGUGGUACAAUCCAACAGGUGCCAGGUGGUACAAUUCAACAGGUUACUGGAGGUACAAUCCAACAGGUGCCUGGAGGUACAAUUCAACAGGUGCCCGGUGGUACAAUUCAACAGGUUGGUGGUACAAUUCAACAGGUUGGUGGUACAAUUCAACAGGUGUCUGGUGGUACAAUCCAACAGGUGCCUGGUGGUACAAUUCAACAGGUGGGUGGUACAAUCCAACAGGUGCCUGGAGGUACAAUCCAACAGGUGCCUGGUGGUACAAUCCAACAGUUACCAAAUGGUACUUUCCAGCAAGUGGGUGUGGGUGGUACAAUCCAGCAAAUUCAAAAUGGUACAAUCCAACAGACUCAGAGUGGUACAAUUCAACAGGUGCCUGGAGUGGGUACAAUUCAACAGUUGCCAAAUGGCACACUGCAGCAAUUGCCAAACGGUAUGAUACAACAAGUUUCAAGUGGUACAAUACAGCAAACACAAAGUGGUACAAUCCAACAAGUUGCUGGUGGUACAAUCCAACAAGUGACAGGUGGUACACUUCAGCAGCUGCCAAAUGGUACAAUCCAACAAGUCUCUAGUGGUAUUGUUCAGACUGGUACAACCCAACCGGUUACUAGUGCAACCAUUCAACAAAAUCAAGGAGGUACCGUUCAACAGGUACAAAGUGGUACAACUCAACCAGUCCAGAGCGGUAUCACAGGGAGUACUAUUCAACAGAUUCAAGGAGGUACCAUUCAACAAGUUCAAGGUGGUACAAUACAGCAGUUAACUGGUGGAACAAUUCAAAAGCUACAGACAGGUCCAGUUCAGCAGGUUCCCGGUGGUACAAUUCAACAAAUUUCAAGUAGCACAAUUCAACAUUUGUCAGGGGGCACACUUCAACAAAUAUCAGGUGGAACCUUACAACAGGUGACAAACGGCAUUCCACAGAUGACAACGCAAAAUCUGACGUUCCCGAAUAAUUUCUUGCCACAGAAUAAUCAGAAUAUUCAAAUGGGAGGAACUUCUAUUUUACCACAAACUAUGCCCAUGUCAGGAUCUUUUAUGCCUCAACUAACCCAAAAUAUGCAACUGCCCAAUGGGUUUAUAUUGCAAACCGGUCAACAAAACAUUCAGCCUGUAAAUAACAGCCAGAAAAGCAUUGAAAGUAAAACGGUUCAGACUCUGAAGAUACCAAGGUCAAGGAAUCUGAAACCCAGAAAAGAGAAAUCAAAACCGAUAAGUAUGAGUUCGCUUCAGUCUCUGGUUGAAAGGGUAGCCACAAAACGUCUCAUGGAUGAAUCCGAUACCACAAUUAUUGCUUUGAAACGAAGGAAAAAGAAAGGCAGAUACACCAUUCUCAAACUGCGUAAAAUAUCGCAAACCACCGAAAGUCCUCUUCCUUCUACUCCCACUCCUCCUCCUCCUCCUACUCCUACUCCUCCCCCUCCUCUCCCUGCACCUGCUCCAACCACUAUUAUGAAGAAGAGCACAGGUCCAAAAACGUUGAAGCCUCUACUACCCAAGUCAAUGCUGGAAACCCCGAAACCCCCGGUUACAACUAUAGCGUCUACCCCUCAACAACAAACCAUCCCAACUACCAGCAGCAUAAUGCCUCAAUCAUCCCAAAGUAGCACACCAAAUAGCACUGCCUCGCAACAGAAUAUCAUUGUUUCGAAUCCUCUCCAAGCGUCCCAGAAUCUGAUCCUUCCUCAGCAAGGCUUCACGUUGGCUGGUAAUUUGUUGCCUCAAACGGUUCAAAGCAACAAUGUACUGCCACAGAAUAGCAAUGUUCUGCCGUUAACCUCACAGAAUAUCUCGUUAGGUAGCAAUCUGUUACCACAAACUGUACAGAGUGGUAGUGUGUUGCCGUUGACAUCUCAAAAUAUUUCUUUGGCCAGUAAUCUGUUACCGCAGACGGUUACAAGCGGCAAUAUACUACCGCAAAGUUCUCCGCAAACGUUCACAUUGGCUGGUAAUCUGUUGCCUCAGACAGUUACAAGCGGAAGUAUACUACCGCAAAGCUCUCCGCAAACGUUCACAUUGGCGGGAAAUCUGUUGCCUCAGACAGUUACAAGCGGCAGUAUUCUACCGCAAAGUUCUCCGCAAACGUUCACAUUGGCGGGAAAUCUGUUGCCUCAGACAGUUACAAGCGGAAGUAUACUACCGCAAAGCUCUCCGCAAACGUUCACAUUGGCGGGAAAUCUGUUGCCUCAGACAGUUACAAGCGGCAGUAUUCUACCGCAAAGUUCUCCGCAAACGUUCACAUUGGCUGGUAAUCUGUUACCACAGACUGUAAAGAGUAAUAAUCUGUUGCAAUUAGCUGGACAAAAUGGGAAUUUACUACCGCAAAGUAGUAACGUACUGACUCUUACCUCUCAGAAUAUUUUGAGCACCACUAUGUCGUCACAGAUUGUUCAGAAUUUACCGGUAUCAACAAAUUUGUUGCCUAAAACGACAGAGAAAGGUGAUGAAGCUGUGAAGAAAGGUAGUGAUGAAUCAACCAUCAAAACACCGCUUGAUGAUUGUAGUGAAGAGGAAAUCAAAGCUGAACCAAAGUAUAUGACCAGAAGUGCUAAAAGGGAAAUGGAGAACGUGAGUAAGAAGACUGAUGCUACGUCAAAACCUGUACAGUCUAGUUCAUCGAAAUCUGUCGGCAGCUCUUCUAAACUGAUCCCCAUACUGCCAAGUACUCUUAAACCUUCAAACUUGCUGCCAACUAAAUUUGUGACCAUAUUGCCAGCUCCAUCUGGAGAGGCUACUGCAACAUCUUCUGAAAAGACUGCAAUUGAUGAUGGAGAUCAGAGUGAAAAUUCUGAAAAUGAGGAUGAUCCAUCGGUAGUGGUGAAGAGUGAGAAAGUAGAUGAGAAUAGUAAUCCACAAUUAGUGGGGGAUGGUGAUUGGAAGAGUGAGAGGGUGGAAAAGGAGGUGAGUGAGGAAGCAUCAACAACAACAACUUCAAACAAACAUGCUGCUGAUGCUCCAUUAAUAAUGGCGCCAUCUAUGGAUCUGUCAUCUCUCCUCCAGCAGCCAGAGAAAAACAGCAAUGGCCUGUACAAUUGCCCCAAAUGUUUUGCCGAACACUCCACAAUCGAAGACUUGAAAAUGCACGACCAAAUCUACCACAGCGGCAACUACAUGUGUGUCUGCGGCAAACGUAUGGACAGCAUGAUGGGCCUGAAGAUACACAGACACGCCUGUCCCAUGGUUAGCAACCCUAGUGAGGCCACCGAAACUCCGAUGGGAAAGUAUUUCAUCGCGGCCAAUGAUGAGAAACCAGUGAAAGGUGUGAGUGAGAAGGUUAAAAAGGCCAAGGAGGACAAGGAUAAAGACUGGGAGUAUGAUGGUGAGGAGGGGGAGGAUGAUGAGGAGUAUGAGGAGGAGAUAGCCACAGUUAGAGAUGGUUUUAAAAAGUGUCCCCACUGUAAGAUGAAAGUCAUUUCGAAGCACUUGCAAAAACAUUUUGCUCAGUGUCACUUGCGAGCGUCUGGUAAAUACGCUUGUGACGUUUGUACUAAAGUGUUUCCCAGCUCUUUCCAUGUUAACGAACAUAUGGAAGUUCAUGAACGCAAGUUCCGCUGCAGAUUUUGUAAACAAGCUUUCGAGAAAUCUUGGUCACUGCGUCAACACAUGUGGAAACAUUACCAGGACAGAAAAUACAAAUGCGACAAAUGUAACUACACAUUCCGGUUGAAAACUGAGUUGAUGGAUCAUCAGAUGAGUCAUUCUUCAGCCAACGUUUCAGUGUACAAGUGCGACGAAUGUAACAUUAACUUCUCUUCGGAGAGAGUUCUGCAAACUCACUUGGAAUCCCAUUCCAGUCGCAACAGAUGCGAAGUGUGUAAAACUAAUUGCAGUUCCAAAGUACAGUUAAACCGUCACAUGAAACAGUUCCAUCCAGAUCCGUUGAAACCUAGGACUCCUACACCGCCGCUACCCGAUAUAUCUCCGAAAAUCAACGAAACCGAUCUGAACUUGACUGAAUGUGUGAGUGAGUCUGUGAAAACAGAUCAACCGGCCACCGCAGAGGGUGAUCCCGCACCAGAAACCAAAUCUGUUUACAGGUGCAAACUGUGUACUUGUCUGUUCGCGACCGAGAGCAUUAUUAGAAGACAUCUGAAAACCCAUUACACGAUAGAGUUAGGUGAGAAAUUGUUGCAGAGCAAUAUAGAAACUAUUGUGUACAAAGAAAAUCUGAGCGCCUUCAAGUGUAAACUGUGCGGUUGUAGGUUCUAUUCGAAACGUCUGGUGAAAAAUCAUAUAAGGACUCACUUUCUGAGACGACCCUUCACGUGUAAUAUGUGUGGAUGCACCUUUGACACGGCCGAGAAGUUGAACCACCACAAACAGUUUCACGAGCAGACAGACGACAGACUGAAGCAGAUGAGGUUGUACCAGGAGUUGAUAAAACCUAUUGUCCCUAAGACUGGGUUAACUGCGGAGUUACAAAACGAGUCACAACAGUCGGCUAGUAAUGAGUCACCAGAGUUGGAUGUGAAUACUGAAGAGGGAGAUCAACUAAAGAUGGAAACAACUGAUACGUGUGAUAGUAAUGAUAAGAGUGAAACGUCCUUAUCAGAUGAAAUGUUUGUGAAGAUUGCUAGCUGCAAAGGGCAAGUUUUGGGAGACAAUAGUGAUGUGCAGGAAUCUGAGAGUUUGUUCAUCAAGAUGGAACGGUUGGACUCUCCCGAACAUCAGGAGGAAGAGGGAGAGGAGAGUACCAAUCAAGAGGAGAGUAUGAAUCAAGAGGAGACGUCAGUCAAGACUGAAGGUGAAGAGGUGGAAGAUGCAGCUUUCCCAUUUUCCAUCGAUUUUUCCACCCUGAGAAUCACUCAGAUGACGACGAAGAGAUUGAUGAGAAUGCGCUGACACCUGAAGUGAAACUGGAGGAGACGGAAGGCGACAUCGAUCCUGAAAUCACUGAAGUAGUUUCGGCUGAUGGAAAGAAGUACUGUCCCAAAUGUAAGCUGCCUUACCGUAGUCUCACUGCGCAUUCAUUAAGAUGUCCCAUGAAGUACUCCCGUCUAUGUAAACCGUGCGGCAGGUAUUUCAAGAACGAAAUCGGCUACAACAUCCAUUACAACAAGAUGCACCUGCAGAAAAGUAGCGACGUUUUCAUCUGCGACAAAUGUUCGGCUACCUUCAGACUAAUCUCCGAACUGAACGCUCAUAUGCGCUCUCAUUCUACCGUCCAAGUGUUCACUUGUUUCCUGUGUGGCGGCUCGUUCUCGUCCGAAAAAGUGCUGAACACGCAUUUGAACACACAUUACGUCAGCAAAGUUCCCGUUGAAAUUGCACCGCAACCCAAAACCGACAAACCUAGGAUCUGUCCGAAAGACUCGAAUUUCCAAUGCAAUAUUUGCGACAAGAACUUUGGUUCGCACAAGGAUCUAGUCGAUCACAUCAGGAUUCAUUUCAGUAGAAAGAAGGUCUUGCAAUCAGGUGGCGGGGUGAAGUUGUUGUAGAUCGUGGAACAGUGGUAGAAUGUUUUCCACAGUCAAGAUUGAUCUCUGAACAUAUUAUAUAAUUCGUUUUCUGUUUGUAAAACCAAGAAGGUUUGAUUUCAGAAUGUUUUAUCUAGAAUAGACUACUUUCCACUGUCAAGAUUCAUACUUAAACACUGAAUAUUUUACCGUUUUCUGUUGUUGAAACCAGGGAGGCUUCAUCUCAGAAUAUUAUUCUAUCUAUGAUUAUCUAUGAUGGUAUAUGAACCAAGAAGGUUUGAUUUCAGAAUGUUUUAUCUAGAAUAGACUACUUUCCACUGUCAAGAUUCAUACUUAAACACUGAAUAUUUUACCGUUUUCUGUUGUUGAAACCAGGGAGGCUUCAUCUCAGAUUCUAUCAAUGAUUACCUAUUGAUGGUAUAUGACUUUGUUAUACGACCUACGAUAAUUUGAUGGUUUAAUAACGAAUUGAUCUAUGAAUAUUAUUGAUGGAAACUCAUGGUGUUGUAUGUUGUCAAACAGUAGUUUUAUCAUAGAUUGUUUGAUUUGGGAUCAUGAUAGUUUGAUCAUAAAGUGUUUUAUUUGAGAUCAUGAUAGUUCGAUCAUACAAUUUUUGAAUUGAGAUCAUGAAUCAUGUGUUUGAUUUGAGUCAUAGAAUCCUCGAUUUGAUAUUAUUAUUAUUGAUGGUAAAACAGGUUCUUAUUAGUGUUUGAUCAAUCGACAGUGGUUUGAUCGCUUAGUAUUUUAUCUACAAUGACUUAUUAAUGUGAAAUCAUUUUGUUGUAACUCAUCAAACAGUGGUUUGAUCAUUAAAUAUUUGAUCUAGGGUUAGGUCAUUAAGGUUUUAUUCACUUUUUUAUUAGCAUUUGAACAACUGACAGUUGUUUGAUCAACUGUGAACAUUUAUUUGAUAAGCUAUCGCGUUUGUAAAGCUGUAUUUUUAAUGAAUCUCUUCUCUGCUGGCCUGAUUAUUGCUAUUACUAUUUGUUAUAACGUUAAGUCAAGUCAGAAUCCCUAAAAAUGAUCAGUUGCGAC